CGGAAAUGGUUGUAGAGGAACAUGGCGUUGCUGGUGCGAGUCCUUAUCCCUGUAGCAGUUGUGGAUGGAUCAGUCAGACGGCUGAGAUUCAAGUCCUGAAGGCCAGUCAGAAGCUACUCAAGCAAUCCUGGAAGAAGUGAGGAAGGCCUGUACUAAGAGGGGAAAGUGUGGUUAAAGAGGAAGGGAUGAUUUCAACAGAGGAACCGGAUUAACAUUUCCCAGUGGUUUCCAGUAUGCAGCCGAUUGGUACCUGUGUAUUCUACACAGGGACAGUGGGGCAGGGCUCUGUCUGGUACUUUCCAGUGGCCUCAGAUGAGCCAGUCCCUAGAAUGUGGUGGAUCAGAACAGAUUCCUGGGAUAGAUGUUCAGUGGAGUAGGAAGUAUCACACCACAAAUAAGCUUUCUACUACCAAGGAUUCCCCACAGCCUGUUGAGGAGAAGGUUGGUGCCUUCACGAAGAUAAUAGAAGCCAUGGGAUUUACAGGACCUUUGAAAUACAGUAAAUGGAAGAUUAAGAUUGCGGCCCUGCGCAUGUAUACUAGCUGUGUGGAGAAAACUGACUUCGAGGAAUUCUUUCUAAGGUGUCAGAUGCCUGAUACAUUCAAUUCAUGGUUUCUCAUAACUCUGCUUCACGUCUGGAUGUGUCUAGUCCGAAUGAAGCAGGAAGGCCGGAGUGGGAAAUAUAUGUGUCGGAUCAUAGUUCAUUUUAUGUGGGAGGAUGUUGAGCAGCGUGGCAGAGUCAUGGGGGUUAAUUCUUAUAUCUUGAAGAAGAACAUGAUCCUUAUGACAAAUAAUUUCUAUGCAGCAAUCUUGGGAUAUGAUGAGGGGAUCCUUUCAGAUGACCAUGGGCUGGCUGCUGCCCUCUGGAGAACCUUCUUCAACCAAAAAUGUGAAGACCCUCGGCAGCUUGAAUUGUUGGUGGAGUAUGUGAGGAAACAGAUGCAGUACUUGGACUCCAUGAAUGGUGAGGAUCUGCUUCUGACGGGGGAGGUGAGCUGGCGCCCUCUUGUGGAGAAGAAUCCUCAGAGCAUCCUGAAGCCCCAUUCCCCAACUUACAACGAUGAGGGUCUUUGAUGGGGGCUGGUGUCUCUGAACAGCUGGCCCGCUGGCUUUGAGGAACUGCCAGGAGAGAGGUGCUUGUUUGGCCCGGAACCCUGCAGAAAGUGGCCUGAACUGACCUUUGAACGGCAUCUGUCAAAUACCUGGCCCCAUUUGUGUUGAUUAUCCUCUUAGUAUGCCCAGGAGUCUGAUCUGGUGGGGUACUGUGCUGGGAGAACCCUUGGCUCUUCUGAGGUAUCCUACCCCCCCGCCCCAGGAGAAGCCUGGAGCAAGAGCUCCCCAGCACACACUCCCCUGGUCCCCUCCAGGAACUGUGAUUGACAGCUUUUCCCAAAGGCCGCAGAGGGAUGGGGAUAGGUCAGCAAGGGGACACUUCCACCAAGGGCCCACCGUGGCCAAGGGGCAGUUUGGAAUGCUGCUGAGUCAAGACGGGUAACCACGCUCUGUCCUCCGGCUUUGAGCCAUGGAGUUGAGUUGGCCAUUAAAAGAUACAGAGACUUA